CACCCUUUAUAUACAGCCACUCUCCUCCUCACUCCCACCAGACUCUCUUUUCUGUUGUUUUUCUGCUCUAUUCGAUUUGUAUAACAUAGUAAUAAACAUGUCUUGCUACAAGGGGAAAUACGCUGAUGAGCUUAUUGCUAAUGCUACAUACAUUGGCACCCCCGGGAAGGGUAUUCUUGCUGCCGAUGAGUCUACCGGCACAAUUGGCAAGCGUUUAUCGAGCAUCAAUGUUGAGAAUGUCGAGUCAAAUAGGAGGGCUCUGCGUGAGCUUCUUUUCACCACCCCUGGUGUCCUUCAGUACCUCAGUGGAGUUAUCCUCUUUGAGGAAACUCUGUAUCAGAAAACAGCUGCAGGUAAGCCAUUCGUUGAUGUCAUGAAAGAAGGUGGUGUUCUCCCUGGUAUUAAGGUUGACAAGGGCACUGUCGAGCUUGCCGGGACCAACGGUGAGACGACAACCCAAGGUCUUGAUGAUCUUGCCCAACGCUGCCAAAAAUACUAUUCAGCCGGUGCUAGGUUUGCCAAAUGGAGGGCUGUGCUGAAGAUCGGUCCCAAUGAGCCAUCACAGCUUGCUAUCAAUGAGAAUGCCAACGGCUUAGCGCGUUACGCAAUCAUCUGCCAGGAGAAUGGUCUGGUGCCUAUUGUUGAGCCUGAAAUCCUCGUCGAUGGCCCCCAUGACAUUAAGAAGUGUGCGGACGUGACAGAACGUGUUCUUGCCGCUUGCUACAAGGCACUCAAUGAUCACCAUGUCCUCUUGGAGGGAACUCUUUUGAAACCCAACAUGGUGACCCCUGGCUCUGAUGCCAAAAAGGUUGCUCCGGAGGUGAUUGCUGAGCACACCGUCCGUGCGUUGCAGCGCACUAUGCCUGCUGCAGUGCCGGCUGUGGUGUUCUUGUCUGGUGGGCAGAGUGAGGAGGAGGCGACUGUGAACCUAAAUGCCAUGAACAAACUGAAGACCAAGAAGCCAUGGAGCCUGUCUUUCUCGUACGGGCGUGCUCUUCAGCAGAGCACCCUCAAAGCUUGGGCUGGAAAGGUGGAAAACAUCCCAAAGGCCCAGACAGUAUUCCAUGCAAGGUGCAAGGCCAACUCCGAAGCAACACUUGGAACUUACCAGGGCGGUGCGGCAAUGAGCGAGGGCGCGUCUGAGAGCCUCCAUGUUAAAGACUACAAGUACUAAGUUAAUAUUUUGCUGGACAAAUGGUUCUCACUUGUUAUUUUAGAGUUAGAACAGACAUGAAAUAAGCCACGACCACAGCUACGGCUUAUCACAUGACUGUUUCUGUCCGGAUCCGGCGCACGUCUUAUUUUGAUUCCCCGACAAUUUUCUGCUUUAAUGCGGAGAGAGUAAUUGGCGAAAUAGUUAUAGACUUUGUAUUUCCUCAUUUUAAAGCCUAGUUUUUUCAUCUUUGUAGACUUGUAUUUGAAUAAUUAGCUUGAGGAACAUCAGGCUGUUUUUGCACGUAAUGCAGUUGUCCGAAUACUUCAUCAUCAAUAUGCUGACUGAUUCUAAUUUAACUUGGAGUUAUCAGAUGUAACUCAGCCAGUUGAUUAUAUAGUUGAGAAAGAGUCCAUCUUAUAGUUCA